GUGGGGCCCUCUUUCGUGAUCAGAGUAUCAAGUACGUAGAAUCCGUCCGCCGUCCCGGCUCAAGCGAUUUCGGCCCAACUCACUGACCACAGGUUUGUGGCGCGCCAUUUCCCCUUACCGCGUCUUUGGAAAGCACACGGCUCUCGCCCCGCUGCUCAACGUCGAUCGCCUACGCCGCUCGCGAUGCAGCAGCAGUACAUGACGCAGGAGCAGUACGCCGCGGCCCUGCAGCAGGCGGCCCUGCAGCAGCAGCUGCAGCAGCAGCAGGCGCAGCAGCAGGCGCAGUACGCUCAGUACGCCCAGUAUGCGCAGUACACGCAGGCGCCGCCCGCCCAGACGGUGACGGUGACCCUGCCUGCCGACGCCUUCCCGGGGAAGACGUUCCAGGUGCAGGCGCCGGACGGCCGCCUCGUCAGCUUCCAGGUGCCCGCCGGGUGCGGGCCGGGCAGCGCGGUGCAGGUGAGCUACUGAGGCGCUGCGCAGGCGGGCCCACCUCGGGCACCAGCAGGAUUCCGGCCCGCCUCCGCUCUUGCUCUCCCGGCGCCCAGGGCCUUCUUCUGCUCCAGAGGGUCCCCGCGCGGAGCCGCCCGCCCGCCCGUGUACAGCCAGCGGCGGGCGGCUCCCCAGCGCGCCACGCGCACGGGGCGGAGACUUCCGCCCCAAAGGGCGUGCCCUCCGCCCCGCUGCCGGCCAGGAUCGGUGCGGACGCAGAGUUGGCGUCAUCUGAUCGGGGCACCUCGUCUGCCUGGCUGCGCUCCUAAUCGUCUCGUUCGCCUCUAAUCGUCUUGCGGCGAGUCUCCCAAGAGCGCGUGGCGCUCAAAUGUUCUCUCUCUCUCUGAGCAAUCGCGGGGCCGUUGGGCGGCUCAGGCGGCCCGUCGAAUCCCGUUCAAAAGUA